UGUGGGAUGAGGCUGCCAGUGCUCUGUGGGAGUGCUCUGUGUGGCUGGAUGUGUAAUCCGUGUCCAUGUGUAUUUGAUUAAUUGGUGCAUGUGUGAAUUUGUGCAUGUGCCUAUUGGGAAUACAAAUUCCGUCUGGCUAUUGCUUGCUUGGACGUGUGCAUGGGGCUGCAGUAGCCUCACCUCUCUCAGGCUACCAGAUCUCAGACAAUUUUGCCACAUCGACAGAUACAUAUAUUUGUGUACAUAUAUACAUUGGUAUAUUUCGUAGGGCUUCAUAUAGAAGCACAUCAUUUCCACCCAUUGAAUUGAGAUAAGAUAAAGCAGACAGGCAACAGCUUACUUCCAAAGCAUUUGCACCAAAAAAAUUAAAAAAUAAGUAACAUUUCUGCUUUUCUUUCAGGGAUUUCACGUUUCUUGCACCCUACGUAAGCACAUCUGUAAUGCAGCAGGAGGUCUGGUUACAGUAUUGGUUGGCACUCCUGAUGUACCUUGAAUCAAAUUAGCACAGUUAUGGGUGGCAGCAGAGAUCUUCAGGUUCCCCUGGUUUUCAUAAAAGUCUGGUUUCAGCCUGAAAAGAUGACAACAACAUUGAAGGUUGACGAAUGACCCUGAGCUGGGGGAGGAAGAGUGGAAGUGGACAGAGUAAACAGAUCAGCCAUCACACUGUAAUCGGGUAAAUUUGAGUUCAUGCAUAAUACCCCUCGCUCUUGUUUUCCCCAGUGCAAUGAGAUGCCAGAAAAUGGUAUCACGAUAAUACAGCCCUUUCUAAAAAAGGCCAUGGAGCCAGACUGCUGACCAUAUUUAGCUCUACUAAAUUGCGAUUGGCACCAGCAAGCCUUGGUUGUCACCCACUGACAUUUUGUUCAGCCCUAAAAAUGAAAACAGUUGCCUGCACUGUUUCAAGCCAUGAGAGUCACUGGGGACCCACAGAUAGGGAAGAGAAAGAUAAGGUAAAGUAACAUGUUCAUCAUGAUUUAGGAUCUCAAAGCCACCCCAGCCAAAAGGGUUAUUCUGUGUUUCUGAGGCAGUGAGAGGUGUCAGCAAACGGCAGCAGGGUCAUGAGGGAUGUCUGCAGCCAGAUGGGGUGAGCACCCACCAGGGAGAAGCAGUGCCUGGCCCAUCUGCACCCCUGAACCUCACUGACGUGGACGACCUGUCCAUACUCAUCAUCAGUAUGAAGUGGUCACCAUGGAAGUCGCCAUGAAAUGCUUUAAUGGGUCCAUGCCUGCAGUAAAACAUGACUGCUUUCCUUUGCUCCUCUGCUUCCCCAGGUUUGACUGAGGUGCUGGGAGCUGUACCCUCAGGCUUACUCUUGGAGGCUGGUGGGACCUUUUCAUUGUGCAGUGGAGGGAUUGAAGCUUGGGAGUCUCCUGGGGAUCCCCAGGAGUAGGGCAGGCACGUUUGCCCAGCUGCUCAAGUCUGGGCCAUUCCCACUCUCCUUAUGUCCACCUCACCUGCAGAGAUCAAAAAAUCACCAUUGCUGUCUGUGCCAGUUGCUGUGUCCAGUGACAAUGGGAACUGGGUGACAAUUCCAACUGCAGAAACCACAAACUGGUGUGGGCACUAAGGCGAGUUAAGUUGUAAAGGGCAAACUUCCAUCAGAGAGCAACAGGGAGCUGAUAGAGGGCUGGGGAAGGGGUUUGAUCUUUUCCUCUUAUGAAGAGGGCAUGGAGUAGUAUUGGUUCUGCCUCUCCACUUGUCUGCGAAGUAUCACUCCAGGAGUGACAGGGUUAACAAAUACAUGGGAAGAGACAGCUCUGUAAGCUGAGCUACAUGGUCACAUGCACAGGUUUUAUUUUUAACAUCCCAAAACUACUUGAUGUUUCUGUCUGGGCUUGCUCCGUGUCCUUCUGUUCUCUUCUCUUUCUUUACUUGCAGCUCUCCCUCAGCCACCUCACUUCAGCCCAGCUGAGCACAACCAGGAGAGAAGUGUUUGGUACAUGCACAGGGACUCUAUGAUCAAGCACCGGGCCCAGAAAGCUCCCCCUGGGCAGCACAGGCACUGUGAGCAAUGUUUCAGCCGGCACUGCCGUGCACCCAUUGAGGUCUCCGUGUCCUGUAUGGUGAUCAGCUGCCACCUCCACUGCGGGGCGACCUUCCACAUGUGCAAGGAGGAGGAGCACAGAUUACUCUGCCCCUUGGAGCAGGUGUCCUGCCUCAACUCAGCCUAUGGCUGCCCUUUCACCAUGGCCCGCUUUAAGCUGGGGAAGCACCUCCAGGUCUGUCCAGCCAGUGUUGUCUGCUGCUCGAUGGAGUGGAACCGCUGGCCAAAUGUGGAUUCAGACACAACUCUGCACAAGAAUGUUAUGAAAGAGACCUUGAAUGAAGAAUGUCUGGACACAGCUUUGGCACUCAGAGACCAGAAGAUACUUUUCAGGACUUUGAAAAUAGCUGAAUUAUUUCCAGAGUGGAGGAAAAAGGAUGAAUUGGAAGAACUAAUGGAUCAAGCCAUGGGUGGGGAAGCAGGUGCUGUGGGAGGAGCUACCUGUGAUUCCCAAGAGAGCAAUGACCAGUCUGAGCUCAGCCAGCGUGAGCGGGAAGAUUUGGCAAAGGACAAAGAGGGAAUGGAUCUGGGGAGUUACAAAACCUGGGAAAAUAUUUUCAGCAAAGAGCUUCUGGCUUGCAAGGUAACAGGCUCAGCAACUAGCACUGGACAAAAGACGGAGGAGGCUUCCAAGAAAACAGCAUCAGCCUCUCAUGCUGCCAGCUCCACAGGGAAGGCUAAGGAAGGACCUGAUGGUGCAGAAGAGGGAAAGAGCCAAAAGCCUGAACAAGUUCAACCGAGUAAAGUACUGAAUGGACUGGCUCCCUGGCAAGAAGGCGUCCUGGAGAGGCUGAAGAAGGAAGUCAGUGUAGCUGAUUACAACAUGUAUCUGGUACAUCACGGAGGAAUGCUCAUCCGCUUUGGCCAGAUGGCUGCUUGCACUCCUAGAGAAAAAGACUUUGUCUAUGGGAACUUGGAAGCCCAGGAGGUGAAAACUGUCUAUACCUUCAAAGUGCCAGUUAGUUACUGUGGCAAAAGAGCACGACUAGGAGAUGCACUGGGCCACAAGAUGCCAACUUCAGACAAGUCAGUGGAUACCUCAGAACUGGGAAUAAAUGUCGAAGAACUACCUAAGACAAACAUAGUUGAAGCCACACUACUGUGUGCUCUGGAAAAAGAGCUGAAAGGCCAUGAGAUCUCCGAAGCAAGAGGUAUCGAUGGACUCUUCGUGGAUUUUGCAACACAGACGUAUAACUUUCCUUUGGAGCCCUUCUCCUCCAGAGCAGUUCUAGCAGAUGUUCUGGAUGAAAACAGCCCACCAGAGCUGCACAUGGAGCUCUACACUGAAUGUGUAACCAGAAGACACAACAAAAGCAGUUCAGCUUUCACAUUCACUUGCAGCCAUUUCUUUAGGAGGGAUGAGUUCCCAUCCCACUUCAAGAAUGUGCACGCUGAUAUCCAGUCAUGCCUGGACGGAUGGUUCCAGCAUCGCUGCCCACUGGCCUACUUGGGAUGUCCUUUUGUCCAAAAUCACUUCCGCCCUGAGGGACUUAAGGCCAAGGUUAUUUACAGCAAGCCUCUCAAGACAUUUGCUAUUAAGCCAGAGGUGGACACCCUUCUUGCUGAACCGGGCAAGUGCUAUUCCACAGUGGAUAGUCGAGGGAGAAACAAGGACUUGCUGAGUAGCCUCCCAGUGGAAGUGCUCAAGUAUAUUGCAGGAUUCCUGGACAGCUUCAGUUUAUCUCAGCUAUCACAAGUGUCAGUGCUCAUGAGGGACAUCUGUGCCACUCUUCUUCAAGAGAGGGGAAUGGUCCUGCUGGUCUGGGAGAAAAAAAGAUAUUCCCAUGGUGGUACUUCUUGGAGAGCUCGCAAAAAGAUCUGGCAGUUCAGCAGCCUGUUCUCCAGAGUUCACAACUGGCAGCGCAGCGAUGUCCCGAGCAUGUCAGAGCACCUGAGGAAUUGUCCCUUCUACCAGGCAGAACGCAGGAUGGACCCUGUGCUGCUGACGGGCAUGAGCGAAUCUCGGGAGCAGAUUCGAAAGACUUUGGUCUCUACUUUCAAGCACAGAGUCUGAACAACUUGCUUCCCUUCUGCCAUGCUUCCACUAGGCAUCUUGAGAUGAAGAUUUGGGGAUUCAGUUGUAAAGAUUGUUGCUUCCAACUCUCCUUGGGACAUACAAAAUUGGCUUCUCCCCAGCUGCAUUCGAAACCUCUAUAUUUUUUUUCCUGCAUUAAUUUGUUGAAACUUCAACCACUGCUUACUAAUAUCACAUGCUUUCCGUUUAUGUUUCUGUUUCUGGUUUAAUACAGCAUCUUGAAGAAAGCAAUGAGGAUCUUAUUUGAAAACAGCAUUUUUGCCUCCUUGAAGGUAGGCUGCUGCUCCUGUACCAUGUGCCUGAGGGAAGCAAGAGCAGUAAUGUACUUAGCUCAAAUAGAGCUGAAACACCUUAGUUUUGUCUGGAAAGUCAAGUUCUUGGAGCACAAGUAUAUGCCCUCCUGCUUGGCAGACGUAGGGACUGCUAACCUGCUCUGCAACAUGGGCAAAGGAAAAGGACAACCCAAAAUUAUGUGAAUUAAUUAAAACUCCAAUGAGAACUUGGAAAUUUGCAGCCACAGACCAUUAUUUAGGACCCUAAGUGUGUGACUAAGGCAGGCACAUUUAGUUGAAUGCAAGCCUAAAGCUGAGCUCAUGGGAGCAUUCAAAUCAAACUAAAGCAAACAAACUUACUUUUCAUUAGAAGUAAUCAAGUAGCAAACAAUUUUAGAGAUUCGAUUGACUUUUUAUAUGUUAAGGUAACAACUUUCUGUGUUUUACCUGAAAAUUCAUUAAAGCUAUGAAAGAAUAUUUGAAGUAAUUUUUAAAAUGCCUUACCAACUCAGUUUUGCAGUUGUAAAUUGCAAAUUCUAAUUGUAAGCCACCAAAAACAGAAUUUCAAAGAAAUAAUAUUAUUUUCCAUAACAGAAAAGUAAUUCAGUAACCCAUUCAGUAACAGAAUGGAUAAUGUUUGCUUCAGCUAAAUGGGCUGGAGCAUAGGAUCUUUUAUUACAGAGCAUAAAAGUGAUUAGGAAUUGCUUUAUCUUUUAAUAAAUACACUAAUUUAAACCAGAACAUGCUUGCUGAGACAAGAGAUGAGAGAAAACAGGCAUGUUACCAGCAGUGUCUGUCUCAUUACACUAUUUGAACCCCUUUCAGUGGUGCUAGUCAGAAAUGCCAUGGAUGUGAUGGUGGGUGAGGUUCCUCUGAAAUAGCCAUAAAUUUAUUUGUCAGCUUAGGACAGUUUCUAGCCACUGCACAGCCAAAGGGUGCUGACUCACCCCCUUUCCUUUUUUAAGCUCAUAGCCAGAAGUGUGAGCUUAGGACUGAGGUCUGGCUUUCAUCUCUCUGUCUGGGGCAGGACAACCUUGCUGGGAGCUGGGAUAUUUGCUGGCCUGAACCACUGCUCUUCUCACCUGGGCUGGCCAGGUGCAAACUGGCUCAGACAGAUGGAUACGUGCCACACUUGCCAUCCUCAACCUCGGUGCAGAUCUGGGAUGAGGUGGCCACGCAAGAAGGAGCCCUCUCUUACCCAGAGAGGUUGCUGAUGAACCUGAGCUUGGUAAUCAAAGGUGUGAAUUGCAUGGUGACCCAAACCAUCCUGAGUGCAGCUCAGCCCUGUCUACACUUGCAGCUUAAGUGGUCCCUGUGAGAUUUUUAACCAUAUCAGGAUGUUUUUCAUCUCCAGACACACACCCUCAAGAGCAUACAGUCUGAGCUGUGAGGGCAGUGGAAUGGUCCUGGGUGACAGGAAAAGCAGAACUUUUUCUGCCCCUAGAGAUCCUUUCUGGGAAGUCUCAUAAUGCUUUAACAUGAAAAUAAACUCUGCACAGGUAUCCUGUCCAAAACACGGGUAGCAUCCCGGGUUUAUGAAGAGGAAACUGAAGGAAAUGAACACAGAGAAUCUAAGCUGGCCAGGAGCAGUUAGAAUCAGAUACUCUGAUCCUUCAUCCUGAGGCUUAAGCCACUGCACAAAAACAAACUGUCCAUCCUUUAAAGCUGCUUACGAAAACUCACCUGUCCUCAAAACAUUCCAUAUAACAUGAGCUGCCCAAAAUGAUCUCCUUGUUUUACCCAGCAAAGUUGACACAUGUGAAAACAUACAGCCAGAAUUCCUAGACUUUCUAGGUCUCUAAGAAUUCCUAUGAGACCUGGAAUUCCUAGGUCUCUAUAUCAUUGCCUCAUUCUUCACUUGGCAUGUACCUGAUUUUGAAAGAUGCUGAGCACCCAACUC